GGAAAAAAGAGGAAUCUGAAGGGAUCAUUCAAAGUGUGAUCCUUGAGUUUAUUUAGGGUUUUUGUCUGGUGUUUGUUACAAACACACCACCCACAUUUCCUUUUUCGUUCAGAAUUUUUAUGAUUAAAAGGCCACUAAUCAAUCGAUCCUUUGUGUGUUCUGAAACUGUGACAAAAUUGACAAACAUGUCGUUGGCCACCGGAAGGGCAGAGAAACAAAAGGAGAUAGCCCCAAGUACAAGGCGUGUUGCGAAUCAGGGAAAGGCGACAGUUCUUGCUCUCGGUAAGGCCUUCCCCAGCAAUGUUGUCUCUCAAGAGAAUCUCGUGGAGGAGUAUCUCCGCGAAAUCAAAUGCGAUGACCUCUCUAUCAAACACAAGCUGCAACACUUGUGUAAAACUACAACUGUCAAGACACGCUACACGGUCAUGUCCAGGGAGACGCUGCACAAAUACCCUGAGCUAGCAACCGAGGGUUCCCCAACCAUCAAACAGAGGCUCGAGAUUGCAAACGAGGCGGUUGUGCAAAUGGCAUAUGAAGCCAGCCUGGCUUGCAUCAAGGAAUGGGGAAGGCCAGUGGAAGAUAUCACUCAUCUUAUCUAUGUUUCCUCCAGUGAGUUCCGUUUGCCCGGAGGUGACCUUUACCUCUCGGCACAGCUGGGCCUUCGCCACGAGGUGCAGAGAGUGAUGCUGUAUUUUCUGGGAUGCUACGGAGGCGUGACUGGCCUGCGCCUGGCCAAGGACAUUGCUGAGAACAACCGAGGUAGCCGGGUGCUGCUCACCACCUCUGAGACUAUGGUUCUGGGGUUCCGUCCGCCCAACAAAGCUCGCCCUUACGACUUAGUCGGGGCUGCUCUCUUUGGAGACGGAGCAGCUGCCCUCAUCAUCGGAGCAGACCCUACAGAGUCAGAAUCUCCCUUCAUUGAGCUUCACUGUGCUAUGCAGAAGUUCCUGCCUGGAACACAGGGGGUGAUCGACGGGCGGCUGUCAGAGGAGGGCAUAAGCUUCAAGCUAGCAAGAGACCUCCCUCAGAGGAUCGAAGACAACGUAGAGGACUUCUGCAAGAAGCUGGUGGCAGAGGCUGGCUCUGGCUCUGGUUCAUUGGAGUUGAAUGACCUGUUCUGGGCAGUUCAUCCCGGUGGACCAGCCAUCCUGAACGGGCUGGAGACGAAACUGAAGCUGAAGCCGGGGAAGCUGGAGUGCAGCAGACAGGCGUUGAUGGAUUAUGGGAACGCUAGCAGCAACACCAUUUUCUACAUAAUGGACAAAGUAAGGGAUGAGCUUGGUAAGAAAGGCAGAGGAGGAGAAGAGUGGGGUCUGGGCUUAGCUUUCGGACCGGGAAUCACCUUCGAGGGCUUCCUCAUGAGGAGCCUCUAAGUGUCUAUGAACCGCGACCACAAAAUAAGUAAACUUUGGCGUUCCACUAGAAACAAAUAAGAUAACAUCAUCUCUCAUGCAUAAUUCUAGGGUAAGAAUCGGCACAUUAACUAUACGGCCAGUUCAUGAACACAUGUAUCAUGUAUAGUUGCGUUAGUUUGUUCUUUAAUGGUACUCAUAAACAUACAUCACUGUCCAAUGAUACUGUGACACCGAGACAUUCUCUCAUAACUCCUUU